ACAAAUAAACUGAUAAAGAGAGAGAGAGAGAGAGAGAGAGAGAGAGACGCUAGAUGACAAAUAAAUAAAGGAAAUAAAAAGAUAGAAGAAAGGAAGAUAGAGAAAAGUGACGAAGAAAGGGUAUACAGGACAAUACAUGAUAACGAAGGGUAGAUAGACACUGAUAAAGAGGAAGAAGUGAACAAGGAUUGACAAAGGUGAAGGAAAAGAGAUAGAAAAAAAUGAUAAAUGGAGAAAUAGAACGAUAAUAGACAAUAACGAAGAAGAAGAGUGAAAGAGAGAGAGAGAAAGAUGAUAAAAGGUAGAAAGGACAGUAGGUGAUAAUAAGGAAGAGAAGUGAUUGAUAAACGGAGGAAUAUAUGAACGAGGAUAAAAAGAGAAGAAGUGAAGGAAGAAAUAGUGUGUGGAGUGAUAAAGAAAGGGUGAAGAGGAUAAUGGAUAAGGAAUAACGAAGGGAAAGUGAUAAAGAAAGGGAGUAAGUGAAAGUGGAUAAGGAAAUAAAAAAAAGGAAAAUAACUUAAAUAAACAAACAAAGGGAAAUAUUGAUAACUUUCCCAAAAAUAUAAAGAAAAAACAACAACAACAACUUCUAACAAGAAAAACAAUAAAAAAAACAUAAAAAAUAAAACAAACUGUGAAUUUUUACGAGCCACGAGAAAAUUACCUUAAAAAAAACAAAAAAUCUCGAGAAAAAACAAGGAAAAUAAAAGAAAAAACGAAAUAAAACACUAGAGGAAAAAGGAACUUAAAUUUAAUACACGACUUGAAAAAAAAGAAAGAAAAACAGGAGAAAACAAUUUAAACUCAAUAAGAAAACUGAAAACAAAAGAAAAAACAAAAACAAGGAAAAUAAUGGAAUAAAACGAAAUCUUAAAAAAAACAAGAAAAAAACAACAAAAAAAAAAAACAAGACCAAAAUUUGACGCACCACUUACAAAAAACAAAAGAAAAAAACAAAACAAAACAAUAAUUCCUUUAUAAACCAACAAAACCCUUAAAAAAAACAAGAAAAAAACGAGAAAAUUAGCAGAAUAAACCAAAACAAUUUAUCUGCUAGGUAUUUACUGUUCCCCUGGUGGCCACUUCCCUCAUUACUUCAAAACAACAAGAACAAGAAUAAGAAAAAACAUAUCCAACCUUUAUAAACCACGAAAAAAAAACUCAUAAAAACAAACACAAAUACUCAUCAGAACCUAUAUAGACCACGAAAAAACUCAUUAAAACACAAACAAUACUCAUCAGAACCUUUAUAAACCACGUACAUUUAUAAAACCACAAAAAUAUUCAUCGAAACCUUUAUAAACCACGAAAAACUCAUUAAAACACAAGAAAUAUUCAUCAAAACCUUUAUAAACCACGAAAAACCUCAUUAAAACAGGAAACAUCUACUAAAGCCUUCACGAGCCAAGAAAAACUACAAAACUACAGGAAAUUCUCAUCAAAACCUUUAUAAACCACGAAAAACCGAUUUAAACCACUCGAAAAACCAAAAUAACACACGUACCAGCUAUACAGUGUCCCUCUAGCGGCCACUCUCCUCACUACUUCAAAAACAAGGCCAUCACACAAAUAAUCUUUAAAAAAACAAGAAUUAACCAAGAAAAAUCGAAUUAAACCACACGAAAAACCAAAAUAACAUACAUACCAGCUGUCCACAAUUCCUUAAAAACACAAAUAAGAAGAAUAACACAAAAAAUCUUUAUAAACCCAAAAUAAACCAAGAAGGGCUCCAUAAACCCAGAAAAAUUUAUUUAAACCACAAGAGAAAAACAAAAUAAAACACGUACCAGCAAUAUAGUGUUCCUCUAGCGGCCACUGCCUUCACUACUUCAAGAAAACAAGAGAAGAAGGAAAAAAAAAUACUUUAAUAUAUAUAAACCCCAAAAAACUUUAAAAAAAUCGAGAAAAACUUAAUUAAACCACACAAAAACCCAAAAUAACAGACGUACCAGCAAUACAGUGUUCCUCUAGCGGCCACUGCCUUCACUACUUCAAGAAAACAAGAGAAGAGGAAGAAAGAAACAUUGAAACCUUUAUAAACCUCAAAACAACUUUAAAAAAUCGAGAAAAACUUAAUUAAACCACACGAAAACCCAAAAUAACAUACGUACCAGCAAUACAGUGUUCCUCUAGCGGCCACUGCCUUCACUACUUCAAGAAAACAAGAGAAGAGGAAGAAGAAACAUACCCAAACUUAUAUAAAGCAAAUAAAACCUUCAAAAAACCAAAUUGACUUACGUAUCAACACUCCACUGUCCUCUGGCGGUAACUUCCAUCACUACUUCAAAAAAAACCAAGAGAGGGGAGGAAAGUUACUUAAACCUUUAUAAACCAAGAAAAAGCUAAUUAAACCACACGAUAAACUCAAAAGCAACGGAAAGGAAGAAAAAGGAAGAUACACAAACUUAAGAAAAAACAAUAAGAAAAAACAUCAUAAAAUCUUUGGAAAAACAAGAAUAAACUAAAGAAAAUAAGAAAAAACGAAGAAAAACGAAAAUAUUUCAAACGCAAAAAACACAAACAAGAAAAAACAAAAAUCUUAAAAAAAAAAAAACAAGAAAACAAAAAAAUACAAAUGAAAUAAGAACAACAAGAAGAAAAACAAACAAGAAAAAAACUUAAGAAAUCAAAGAAAACAGAAAAAAACACCAAGAGAAACACAGCAAUCACCAUGGCAUCAGGUCGCUACGCCAUUGGUCGAUUCUUUGUGACCACUCAGAGCACAGAGCAGGUGGAGCACGGGAUCAAACAAGGCAGAGGCAAACACGGAGGAUCUAAGAGGGUCAAGAAGUAUGUGAUGCCUUUAUCCUACCCCGAGCCUACCAUACAGGAGGAGACGUCACCAAAUGAGACUGAGGACUCCACCAACACAGCAACAGGGAAGGCCCAGAGUGGAGAGGGCGCGCAGGACCCCCACAAGGACCCCCAGAGUGGCAGGGGUGGAGGAGGGGUAGGUGGUGGGGGCCAGGGAGAUGACGGCCCCCCCCAGCACCCCACACGCCCCCGCUCUGGGACAUGGAGUGUAGCGACUUCCAGGAGGGUGAAGAUCAAGGCAGAGAAGGAGGAAGAAGCUUCAGUCCGUCAGCGGCGUAAGAGCGGUGAUGACAUUCUGAGCGGCGGCGGCGGCGGCGGUGGGGGGGGCGGAGGAGGAGUAGGCGCCGCGGGGUCUGGUGUGGCCACGGGGCGCAGAAAGGAUGGCCCCCCGGGGUUUUUCGAGUCCUUUAGACCCCGCUCGAAAUCUGACGCUAGAGCUAUAUUGGCAGCCCGGCAGAGGAGGAAGAGUGGAGAUGAUGUACUCAAUGCCAGUGUGAAGGAGAAGGAGAAGAAGAAGGAGCCUGGUUUCUUUGACUAUUUGGGCAGACGGCCACGCUCCAAGUCAGAUGCCUCAAGAGUGGGACGCAAACCCAACAUCAUCACCUCCAUGAAGAACGCUGUGCAGAACUGGAAUGAUGAGAAGGAGCGCAGGCGAAGGGAACGAGAUGCCCAGCGAAGAGAGAGACAAAUUAUGCUGGGUCGUUUCUCCAAGUCUUGUCAGCACACCCUGGUAUCGCCGAGCAGCACCAGGAGUGGCCGGCGUAGUGGUGAUGUCACCCCGGUGGAUCAUAGCGGAGGUAGUGAUGACGUCUAUUACACCUGGCAUGCUGGAUCCACUCACCCCGCACUACAAGCCAGGCGCCCUCCUGACUCUACCAGCAGAACGGGACUGUCUAAGGUGAUGGAGCUGUUCAGGAGCCACAGAGGAGAGACCACAGAGGAACGACAGAGGAGGAAGAGUGGCGGGAAAUAUGACAAAGGUCAGAUGCGCCGUCAUUCCAGCGAGAGUGACAGGAGGCGGCAUGGUAGCGGCUCCCUGCAGGCCCCGUAUAUGCGCGGGGAAAUGGACCCAACACAGGCUGCUAUGCUCUUCAGGGACUCACGCGGGCUGCCCUACGCUGACCCCUUCCUGGAGAACAUCAGUAGGAGUGACCUAGAGGAGGAUGAGACUCAGAUCUUUGUCAAGUUCUUUAAGUUCCACCAAACGUAUGACCUCAUCCCCAUCAGUGCCAAGCUGGUCGUGUUCGAUACACGUCUGCAGGUCAAGAAGGCGUUCUUUGCGCUGGUGUACAAUGGAGUAAGGGCAGCACCGUUGUGGGACUCAGCCAGGCAGCAGUUUGUGGGCAUGCUCACCAUCACAGACUUCAUUCGCAUCCUUCAAAACUUCUAUAACUCACCAAAUCGCAAAAUGGAGGAGCUGGAGGAUCAUCGACUGGAGACUUGGAGGACUGUGUUGAAGGACGAGGCGCGGCCAUUGAUCAGCAUCCGGCCUGAUGAGUCGCUGUACGUGGCCAUCCGCUCUCUCAUCCACCACAAGAUUCACCGUCUGCCCGUCAUUGACCCAUCCACAGGCAACGUCCUCUAUAUAGUCACCCAUAAGAGGAUUCUCAAGUUUCUGUAUCUCUAUAUUAAUGAGUUGCCAAAGCCCUCCAUCCUCCACAAGUCCCUGAAGGAGAUGGACAUCGGCACCUACAACAACAUUGAGACAGCGCGGGAAGACACUCUGAUCAUCCAGGCGCUUAACAAGUUUGUGGAGCGCCGCAUCUCAGCGCUGCCCAUCGUGGACGCUGACGGGAAGCUGGUCGACAUCUAUGCAAAGUUUGAUGUCAUUAACCUGGCCGCCGAGGGGACAUACAGCAACCUGGACGUGACACUGCGUAAGGCCAAUGAGUACCGGAAUGAGUGGUUUGAGCAAGUCCACCGGUGCACACUACAGGAGACUCUGGGAACUAUCAUGGAGAGGAUCGUGAGGGCGGAGGUGCACAGACUGGUGGUGGUGGAUGAGAAGGACAGAGUAAUGGGCAUCAUCUCCCUGUCCGAUAUCUUAAAGGAGCUGGUUCUGAAGCCUUGCAUGGACAUGGAGCCUGGCAGUCUGCGGGCGGCCACAGCAGCAGCCACAGUGCAGCAGAUGACUGACACGCUGGCCAAGUCACCCUCCAACCUCUCCUCCUCCACUGACGAGCCUGCACAGACUGACCUGAAUGGCGUGGGCAGCAGCGAGGACAGCCUGGGGGGAAAGUGGAGCAGCGAGGACAGAUUGAGCCACCCGCCCUCCGCCACCACACUCUCCACCACCUCCACCGCCUCCGCUAAGACAUCUUCCAAGAAGUCGCUGGAGGAGGAUGGGGCGUUUCUCAUGGAGGAAGGCAGCGAUCCACCCGUCAGGCAGCCAGAGGUCAUACCCAUCACCGGGUGAGGUCACACAGGUCAACGCUGCAGUCGUGACCUGUGGGAUGUUGCCUGUGUUGUCACCGCCACAUCACCGCUGCCACACCAUCACUGGAACCUCACCCCUUGCCUCACCAAUGCUGUGAAUUAGUGGCCGCUGCAACACUCCUGCUCUGCCCGGAAAAGACACCAGCUGGCCCUCCAUGUGUUCUUGACCUUACCACAGUUUGCCAGAGAACACACACAUAACCAAAGGGCUGCUAUAGAACACUAGCUGGUUCACAUAUAGCCUGGUCCAGUGUGCCAUAAACUGUACCAUCACACACAUAUCGCAACUCAUGAACCAAGAGCCACUUCAGAACGCCAGCUGGUCCACACAUAGCCUGGGCCUUGCUGUACUGUUCCCAGACACCCGCAGCUCACUCACUCGUUGCUGGGAAGAGACAACUAAACUGAACUAAGACACCAUCCAUGCAGGGAAGCUACAGAAAUACACCAGUCCUGUAUGUGGCUGGCUCCUUCACACAUUGUCUCACUUGUCUGACUUUCUAUAGACAAUACAAGUCCCAUUCACUCAGCAAGGCACUUUUAGAGGGCUGGAGGAGCUGGAGAACUCAAACCCAGUUGUAGUCAAAGCUGGAAGGACAUGAUGCAAAGCUGGGAUGGUUUUUAAAGACUGGAUCUGGGAAACCUUCACUCAAACUGGGAGGAGAUUGAUAAAUGGAGAGAGAAAAUGUAAAAGAAUGGUUUUUGAAGACUUGUACUGGGAAAACUAUCACUCAAACUUGAUAUUUCCUCCAGUUUGCUGAGAAAGAGAAGACAGAUGAAAAGAUAUUAGAAAGAGAACAUAUAAAACUAGAAGGAUUUUCAAGAUUUGUACUGGAAAACUAUCACCAAACUUGAUAUUUUCCUCUAGUUUCCUGAGAAGAGAGAAGAUACAGAUGAAAAGAUACUGGAAAAAGAAAAUAGAAAACUGGAAGAAUUUUUGUGCAGAAAUGGAAAGAGAAAAUAUAAAACAAGAAGGAUUUUUGAAGACUUGAACUUGGAAAACUACUCAAAACACUCCAACAACACCUCAAGUAUGCUGAGAAAGGAAACUGGGAAGAGGCAAUAUGCAACAAGAACUAGAAAAACUAAUACUAAAACCAACACUGAGAAGACAAAACAGAAACACAAAGCUGGAAAAACAUGGACAAGAAACUAAACACUGACAACACAAGAAUGAAGCAUAAACUAGAAAGAGACAACAUAUAACAAGAGUGAAGAGAAGCAUAGUGUGGCAGGCAGGGUGAACAACGAAUACUGGUGAACAUUUGUGAACACUGGUGAAUACUGGUGAACGGGCAGGGUGUGUGGAUGACAAUGAGACAAUUAAAGUGAUAUAAUAUAGAUAAUGUGUGUGUGUAUAUGUGUAUGUGAGUGUGUGUGUGUGUGUGUGUGUGCCAUAGACUUUUGAAGGGUAAGAGGUGGUUGUAGUAUAUUGGUUGGUGAAAAUGAGAAAAUGUAGAAAGUUAUGAGAAAGAUAAAGAGGAAAAUUUUGGAUUGCAAGAGGAAAAUAAAGAAAGAAGAGUGGGAAAAAAAUGAAGUAAGAUAGAAUGAAUAGAAAAUGAAAAGAAAAACUGAAAAAAAAAGUGACGCAAACACAAAAAAACAAAAACGCAAGACAGAAAGAAGAAAAAAAACAACAAAACUGGAAAGAAGAAAGAAAUGAAAGAAACCACAGAAUAUGAAAACAAUAAAACAAACACACAAGAAAACAAAGAAAGAGUGUUUAUAGAGUCAUCACAUAGCACUGUACUCCUCCCACAAUGCUAUGCCAGACAAACAUAAAGAAAAGGAGAAAAGAAAAAGGAAAGUAGAGAAAAAAAAUAAGAAAAAGGAAGGAAAAACAUUAGGAAUAAGUGUAGAGGGUGAAAAAAAACAGAAAAGAGGAAAUAGAAGAGAGACAUAAGGAAGAGAAGAGGAAAAGGAAGAACACAGAUAAAAAAAAACACACAAUUGAAAUAAAAAACUAACAUCAAAUUCAAAACAAAGUAGAAAUAGACAAAUAGUUAACAUUACAGUACUCACACCCACUUUGCAAGCUAGUAGAGAAAUAGUAGGCAAUAGUAACAGUAGUCAGGCAGCAAUACAGACUAGCAGUGCACUAUUUCAACUAGCACCAACCUCCAUAGAAAACGUGUGACAGAAAACGGAAAAGGAUGGAAAGAAGGAGAUGGAUAAUGGAAGGAAAUAUAGA